UCCAAUAACAACAGCCCCUCUGAUAACCAGCAGACUAACCCUACAACUGUAUCAAACCUAUCCUCUGCCCUUAAAAACGUCCAUAUAUCUCAACAACAACAACAGCUAAUAAACAACAACAACAACUCAAACAACCCCAAUAUAAACAACAUAAACAGCAUAAUAUCCUCAGAACAACAACAAUUAUUAAUACUGCAACAUCCUCAAUCAAGAAUCUCCCAGUUUUUCCAAAACCCUCCUCCUGAUGGCAUCACCUUAUUUUCUCAUCGUUCUGCUCCAAAUGGUUUCAAAGUCGCCAUAAUCCUAUCUGAACUAAAAUUCAAAUACAAAACAAUUUUCCUAGAUUUCAACAACGGCGAACAAAGAGCCCCAGAAUUCGUUAGAAUCAACCCAAAUGCAAGAGUACCUGCCAUAAUAGACCACUCAAACAAUAACCUAGCUAUAUGGGAAUCUGGUUCAAUUAUCCUAUAUCUAGUAGAAAAAUACAUCCAAUUAAACUUUUCCGGCGACCACAACUGUCUACUAUACUCAAACGAUUUAUCUGAAAAAUCUCAAAUCUUAUCUUGGUUAUUCUUCCAGACUUCGGGCCACUCUCCAAUGAUAGGUCAAGCCCUACAUUUUAGAUACUUCCAUUCCCAGUCUGUUCCCUCUGCCGUCGAAAGAUACACUGAUGAAGUUAGAAGAGUUUAUGGUGUCGUCGAAAUGGCCCUUGCUGAAAGAAGAGAAGCCUUGAUCAUGGAACUAGAUAUAGAAAAUGCUGCUGACUAUUCAAGUGGCAGAACACCAAUAUCUCAAUCAAGAUUCUUCGACUAUCCAAUAUGGUUGGUUGGUGAUCAUAUCACUAUAGCCGACUUGAGUUUUGUUCCUUGGAAUAAUGUCGUUGAUAGAAUUGGUAUCAACAUAAAAAUUGAAUUUCCAGAAGUUUACAAAUGGACAAAAUAUAUGAUGAGAAGACCUGCUGUCAUUAGAGCUCUAAAUGGUGAU